GGUUUCUGGCCCUGUUCUUACUAGUUUCUAGGAGCUCCUGAUAUAUCAGCGCUAAGCCGUCUUUAUAACAGCAUCUGUAACUUCGGAGUUUCCGCAGAAGGCUUCCCUCCUUUUCUUCGUGCUGGUGUGUUGGCUUGCCUGGGGGAGCCAGAGACCUGGGAAAAGGUGCUCGCCAGGCUCCACAGGGUACUAGGGUCUAAGUCAGGAGGAGUAGCACAGCCGCUCUGAUGGUGGGGCUCGGCUGGGAUGGUGGGGCGUCCAAAGGGCCCAACCAACGGCAGGUCGGAUUGGUCAGGGCCAGGAAGGUCACUCAUCCCUAAGGUCCCCUCCCAUCCAAAUGCGGAGACACACAGGGGUGACAGGAAGUUGUUCUGUUGCUGUCCUGAGCCCAAGGACCAGGGGUCCCCUCGGCUCCCCAGAUCCCGCAGAAUCUCACCUCCGCGUCCCUGGGAGCCAGGGCCAGGCUGCCCGAGGGGCCGUCCACUAGCGGGAGGCUGUGCGCAGGACCGACGCCUCCCGGCUGGCGAGCACAGAGCCCCCGCCGCUGCGCUCCCCAGAGCCCGCCGGGGCGGGAGUGGAAGUCGGAUCCCGCUCUUUCGUUUUCGUUUCCCGGAAGGAUAGCGAUUACCGGAGCGCCCUGUGAGCCUGCUGGCCGGGGGUACCCGAGGGUACACUACCCGGCGCUUCUCGAAAGAGAUUUUCUCCCACGCGACCUUCCAGUUUUGGGGGCCCAGUGAAGGGGUGAGGGAAGGAGGGCCUGAGAGCGCCCAGCAGCCGUGGCCAGUGGAGCGCUCACGACUGACGGCCGGUGGCUCUCUCACCUCCACCUGUAAUGCAGGAGGGAGCAUUGGCUAGCUCUUCUGUGAGGCCUGAGGCAGCCACACCACCCCCAGGCACCCAGGCCAGAUGUGAAGCUAGAAUGAACUUCCUGGAUGAAGGGGGAAUCUGCAAGCUGCCAGGAAGACUCCGCAUCCAGCCAGCACUCUGGAGCAGGGAGGACGUGUUGCACUGGCUGCGCUGGGCUGAGCAGGAGUACUCUCUGCAGCGCACUGGGGAGCAUGGGUUUGAGAUGAAUGGCCGAGCCCUCUGUAUUCUCACCAAGGAUGACUUCCGGCUUCGUGCACCUGGUUCAGGUGAUGUCCUGUAUGAGCUGCUUCAGUACAUCAAGACCCAGAGGCAAGCCUUAGUGUGUGGACCCUUUUCUGGAGGGGCCUUCAGGCAGAAGAUGCCCACUCAGCACUGCUCCUGCCUUCUGGAAGACUGCCGAUUGCUGUGGGAUUACGUGUAUCAGCUGCUCUCUGACGCCAGGUAUGAGCCCUACAUCAGGUGGGAAGACAAGAAUGCCAAGAUCUUCAGAGUUGUGGAUCCAAACGGGCUUGCCAGACUCUGGGGAAACCAUAAGAACCGGGUGAACAUGACCUAUGAGAAGAUGUCUCGUGCCUUGCGUCACUACUAUAAGCUGAACAUCAUUAGGAAAGAACCCGGGCAGAAACUCCUGUUCAGAUUUCUGAAGAUACCUGGGAAGGUGAGCCAGGACGGGGACAGCCGCCUGGAGCAGCCAGAGAGCCGGGAGCCGCACAGGAUGGAUUUCAAGGAGGAGAUGCUGGAAGUCUCUCCGUGAGGGGCAGGAGGAUUCUGGGCACCAAGGACUGAUGGGACAGAAACGGAGUCUCCCUUGAAGGCAGCUAGCUGCCUGGUGGUCUCCACCUUCCUCACGGAGCAGCAGGGAUCCCCAGCGGGUUUUGCACUCAUGGGAUCAUAACCAUUGUCUCAGACCUCAAAGCUGCCUGGGCACCUGGGAGGCUGAGAACGGGGAGGCCUCACAUUCUGGACACUGUGGGGGGCAUCGUUCUUGGGUAGGGUAGCACUGGGGCUCAGUGGGGCAUGGGAAGUGAACCCUCUCUCUGCCCUACCCCUUGCUACCUGCCCAGCUUGGGAGCGGUAGCCGGGGGCUGAGAGAGCAUCCAGCUCAGCUCCUUCAACUUACAGAAGAAGGUAGCUGAGGCCCCUCACCGAGCCUUAGCUCUUUCCUAAAAGGGACAUGCUCCUGAAAACCAGCCUCUGGGGGCUGAUGCUGGCAUAUGAGAAAGGAGUACCCUUUGUCGGUCUUAGUAGUAACAAUAUAACAAUGCUGACAUUUAAGUGCUCACUUGUCCUAAGGGUCCUACACAUAUUUUAAUCUCAUUCCAUUAACACGUCAAACCCCCGAGGUUUAAAGAUGGGGAAACAGGGGCAAGGCUUGCAGAGCUGGGAUGUCUCUCCAGAACGCAGUGCUGUUCCUUGGCUGGUUGGUUGGUUUUAGUGACUCUUCAUGGAUGGGGCACUUCUCAAGCCAAGGCCAUGGCCCUGCCUCUCUGCCCUUGGCAUCUCUGCUGAAUGGUUCACCUCACUUGGCCCAAACUUCUUUCCUGUUUUCAGUCCUUUGUUGAUGUUGUGACAGUGACUCAGUGGGGAUCGCCACUGCCCCCUGCACGUGGCCUCCUGUGCUCCCGGACCCGCACCUGCCACGUGACCUUGGGCGGGUUGUUGUCCCUUCUCGGAAGCCUCAGGCUUCUCACCCGUAAAAUGCAGAUGCUAUUCCUGACCCGACCUCACAGGAUUGCCAGAAAUCUCUGUAAGACAACAUUGGUGACAUGCUUAGCGUGUGCCUGCUCUGUAGGAAGCACUUAGUCAGUGUUCGCCAAGAACACUCUGCAAACCCAACUGCCCGAAAGCGUGAAAGUGCGCCUGGGCUAUUGGUUCAAUUUCUCUUCUCCCUGAUGCCCCAGGAGUGGCUGGGGCUUCGCGAGGGGGUCAGAACCUCUGCCCUGUGACCCUUCCAGUAAGGUUUGGGGGAGAAAGGGAAGGGGGUGUUUUCACUUCAUUGGAAACAGAACUUCUUGGAUUCACAUCUUCUUUCUGGGCAGGAAGAAACCUCUGCCGCUCACCCCCGGGGCAUGUCAGGAAAAUCCCCGACUGGCGGAGCCUGAGCUGGCUCUGAGUCACUGUGCAGAAGCUGAUAAGGAUUCCUGGACUUGGGCACUCAGAGCUGUGACCACUCCUAAGCAGUGCUUCUGUCCUGACUGAGUCCCACCUGGGCCCUGGACAGUUCCACGCCAGAGUGGCCGGGCAGGUGACCUUGGCAUAAAGGCUCAGUACGAAAAUCCUUGGUCCCUUUCCUCUUCCUCGAAACUGUUCCAUCUCCUUGACUUUGAUCCAGAAUGGACCCGUGCUCCCAGCUUUUCUCAGCAUCUCUAACCCAGAACUCCACAACUGGAAUGGGAAAAACUGUCAAAAUCCACUCAUCCAGUCUCUUCUCUUAUUGAUAAGGCCACUGAGGCCAGAGAUGAGGAGGGACCGGCUCAAGACAAACAGCCCAGCUCAGCCUGGUGGACUCCUCAUGCUGCCUCCUAAGUCACUUCUUCCAGGUACGACAUUGGCAUUGGCCUGGCAUUCGUUACUGGUUGUCAAUAGCUGUGCAUCCCAGGGAAUAUGUCUUCACCCGGGGUGAUGAAUCUCACCCAGCGCUGGGGCCACUGGGGCCUGGGCUUGGGCAGAGUCUACCACACCAGAGCCCGGAUGCCCGGCCUCCCCACUCAGCCCUGGGGGAAGUCCACCCUUUCUCAUCUCCCCAGGCACAUUAGGCUCGGGUCUGGGAUGUACACCUGGGUGCCAGGAAUAAAAGGAUUCAUCCAGCCCUUCCCUCCACCAGCGUUAAUGGAACACUUGUUGUCUACGUGGCACCAGGUGAAGCUCUGGGUUUACAACCAUUUUUGACACAGAUUCCUGAAAAGUGGUGGGUCACUGAAAACAUGUCAAAAUGGGCUUCCUCACAGAUCAUUUUUAAAAAGCAGGAUGUAUAUAUUCUCAUGAUAUGCAAAAGUAGCCAGCCAUGUCUGUCUCUUAUUUUUUUUUUUUGCCAGAAGUCAACAGUAAAUUAGUAAUUUAUUUAAAAAACUGAGUGUGUCCCUUUUCUUUCUUUCUU